UCGAUUCGCUCGGCUCGCCGGGGACGUUGAUGAAUCGAACGCCCCUACCACUGAGUAAUGGAGCAACUGUUUGCCUUCAACUUGAGUCGGGUCGGAGCUUCACGAUUUUGACCGGCGGUUGGUGGCGGCUGAUAGAUCGGAGCGGGGAGUGACGAUCCAGACCGGGGCAGGGGGUCCGUUUGCAAAUGUUCGGAUCGCGAUUAAUAGGGGUAUUUGUAAAACUUUAGGGGUCUGGCGGGUAUAUGUAAACUGUGAGGGCAUAUUUGCAAAUUUUCGGGGUCUCUUCUGCAGAACAUUCAGGGGCGGUGGGCAUGGCAUCCGGCGACGCCGCGCCGCCGCCCGCCGGCCACCGCUGACCUUGCCGCCGUGCGUCCCUUGCCCCCUUCAAUAUUUCCAGGCCAUCACGUCCAGUCCUCUGCGGCUCCCUCACCCGCAGCGCGUCUUCCUCGGCAGCGCCGGCGCGGUCGACCGAGAGGUCGCGCGGCGGCCGGAAACGGUGGGGGUCCGUGGCACCCGUAGCUCGCAGAGACGGCGCCCGCGCGUUCAAGUUCUGCUCCUCUUCUUCUCAAGCUGCCCUGCCUGCUGGGUUCCUCUGCUAAGGCCCACGCAUUUUCCCCAAUCCUACCGAGAAACAGAGGAGGUCAGGACUCUUCUCCUCUUCCUCGUCGCCGCCGGCGCGGCGGAUCAUUACCGAUUACGCCUACUAGGGCGAGAAGGCCGGAGGCGUCGUAGGACACUCGAGCGACAAGGCGGAUGCUUCGCAAGCCCCUCUCUCGCCGCCGGAAACGGACCCGGCGGGCGGAGCCACGCGUUCUUGGAAAAGGCGGGAGCGCCGCGACGGUGUUCGGAGAAAUGCCGCACCGGAGUGCGCGGCUGGCCGGGGGGUUGAUUGGCUUUCCAAGCAUCAUCUCUCGUCAUGCAGUCUUCUGCCGUAGUCUUCGGGCCAAUGGCGUCUCGCCUUCUUGGAACAUUGGUCCAAGUCCAACGAACGCGGUUUCCUUGGAAGUCCACUAUCUUGCGGCCACUUUCUUGGACUUCAGCUUUUCAACACGAUUUGUUGGAGGCUUCUCUAUCGGCUGCCUUCCUGGGACCUUCGUUCCUUGAGACUGUGCUAGCGUCCAAGACGGUGUUGGGGACUAGUGUCUCAGUGAUCAGUGUAUCACCAAGACACCUAAAUACAAAGAGCCAUCGGAAUCAACUGUCUCGUGCUGCCUGCCUCAACAGCCUGAGUUCUAAAUACAUCAGGCAUCAGGAGACAGCAUCCAAGAUGGCGCUAUGGAACGGUCUGGGGCAGGCUGCCACCCUUGCGCAGCUGGCUGGGGUGGAUGCUGGUGGUCUCAUCUCGAUGAUCAUCCAGGCCGUGCAAACAGUUCACCGGAACAGGGAGGAGUGCCGGCAGCUUGUGCACCAUGUCAUGAUGAUCGGCGACCUCCUGCAGGUGCUCCAGCAGUCAGAGAUGAUGCAGCGCCCGGAGAUCAGGAGACCACUUGACGGAUUGGAGGACACCCUUCGGAACGCGUACGUGCUAGUCACGUCAUGCCAGCGGAGCAACGUCAUGUACCGCUUCUUCAUGGCAUGGAACCAGGCUCAAAAGUUCCGUGAUGUGCGGGACAGAAUUGAUUCAUAUCUCCGGAUCUACCCAUUGAUCAGCCACAUCGACACCAGAUAUUUUUUGAGCGGAAUUUACAGUCGUACCCAUCCUUCAGGCACCCAGCCCCAGGUUCCGGAAGAGGUACAGGAGUCAUUUCCUAGUCACACAAACUCUGAUUAUCGGACUCAAGAAAGCGCCUCUGAUGACAACGGCAAUGAAUCAGUAGAGGUUCAAACAGUAACCAAGCCAUUUGCAGUAGAAGAACAGAAACAUUAUGGAUGUAAGAAUGCUCAAGUUUUGCCAAAAAGGAGGCAUUGGUUUAGAAGGCUUGUUCAGUGGACUCGAAGGGAUACAUCAACACCUGAAUUCAUUCAGGGACUCAUUGGUCAAGAACAAACAGUGGGCUCUCUCAAUGAAAUAUGGUUCGAAACCCCAUCCAGUGCCAAAGGGGAAAUGAGGUUUCAACUGACAGUAGGCUUUACAGUUUUCAAGUUCUCUCAGUUGGCUGCGUUAACAAAUAAUUUCUCAUCUUACAAUAUAAUUGGAAGAGGUGGUUAUACUAAUGUUUACAAGGGCAUACUGCCAAAUGGGGUUGUUAUUGCAAUAAAAUUCUAUCGUGGAGAACAUAUAUCUAGUCGAGCUGAAUUUGAAAACGAAGUUCAGAUUAUCUCGAAACUUCAGCAUUCAAACAUACAUAAACUUCUGGGAUGUUGCAUUGAAGGAGACAGCAGGAUUUUGGUCUAUGAAUAUAUGCCAAGAGGAAGUUUACACUUUAUAAUUCAUGAGCUAAGAGCAGGCGUCUCACUCGCCUGGCCUAAACGGUUUCAGAUAAUUGAAGGUAUUGCCCAGGGUGUUGUUUAUCUACACCAGCACUCCCGACCACGCAUAGUCCAUGGGGAUCUGAAACCUAGCAAUAUUCUCUUGGAUUCGGAUAUGACUCCUAGAAUUAUUGAUUUUGGCUUGGCGCAAGUCUUAAGUUAUGAAGAUGAGACAGACACUGUCGGGGUGGCAGGGACUUUAUACUACAUUGAGCCAGAAUUUUGUCGCACUGGCAUUAUGUCAACUAAGAGCGAUGUGUAUUCCUUUGGUGUUACUUGUCUCGAGAUAAUCACUGCACGAAAUGCUUCAACCUUGUCCCCUGAGGGGCAAUCCUUGGUUGUUUAUGCUUGGGAAUUAUGGUCAUCGGAAAGAGCAACGGAGCUGAUAGAUCCUGCACUGGUUGAACCAGGAACAAGCAAGAUACUUCGAUUCUUCCAGAUUGCACUAUUGUGUGUUCAAGAUAAUCGGGCAGACAGGCCAACAAUGUCAGAUGUUCUCAUGAUGCUAAAAUGUGAUUGUCUGACCUUGCCUGUCCCUAGGCGACCUGAUGUUUAUCCUCAAUGGCCACCAAGGGGUUUAUCAGCAGAUGACGGUGAUUCAGUGGGCCGUAGAAGCUAUUCAAGCGCAGGGUGGACAAGUGAAGAAUUAGAAGGCAGGUGAUGUGACAACGGUGACCCAGACAUCAUUGCUUGAAGCAGCAUAAUGCAGAGGGUAAUACUGAAGUGGGUUUUGGUGGAAGAUGACAAAGCACAUGUAUAUCUAAUCAUGUUACGGAGUAUGCGUGCAGGGGCUAAGAAUGAUAAAGCAAAGCGUAUUAAAAAAUAUAACCCCUCAAAAAGGAAAUGAAAAGCGGUGUUUUAAAUUUACUUGAAGAAUUAGAUUUUAUUUUGAAAUUGAGUAUAGGAACAUCGUACUAUCAAAAAUCCCACUUUGAUCCACAGGUGUUGAUGUGGUAGUUGUGCUCAAGAGAAUCUACAAAAAUCAUGAGAAUCAAGCCUACCACUAAAAACGGCCUUCUUGUGAAA